GAAGAGCGCGAAAGGGAAAUACGGCGUACUGCAGCUUUGAAGGGACAAAGCGAGACGUUGAAAGAAACCCUGGAGGAUAUUCGCAGACAGAUGUCGAUGCUGGCCGGCGAAUAUAACAUUUUGCAAAGUCAGGCGGUUACGCUGGCCGAGAGCAAAUUGGAGCUGGAGAAGACCGUGAUCAGACUCCGAAAGGAAAUCGUCGACACCCGUGAUGCGUAUCUCGAGACAGAACGAGGUUCCCGAGUACUUUUAGACGAAUCGAGAAAGGAGAACGAAUCGUUGAAGGAAGAGUACAAGGAAACGGCCGAGAAACUUCAGCAAGAAAUCGCAUCUUUACGUUUGAUGGUCUCAAUUAAGAAAGAUAACGAGAGUGUCAAAGACGUCAGUGACAGUGAUACGGAUAAAACGAUUCAAGAAGAGACCAUUUUGAAGCCUGAAGAUGAUCCUGUGUUGGACAUGACGCAGCAACUGAUCUCGAAUCGCGAAAAGAUCGAGAUACUGUCACGGCAAAACGAUCGGCUGUCGAAAACACUAUGUCGAUUACGGCAAUAUCAAAGAAAUACGAUUAGUAGCGGCAUACAUCGCUGAAGCAGUACAAGUUCCAUCAUUUUACCGAUUUAUCCGUCGAGCUUGAUAAUAUGAAGAUUUUGGACUUGCUUUUACAUACCCUCCAGCCCUCGGAGCAAAAGGUCGACUUCAUUUCCGAGCUUCCUCCAGAGAUGUCGCA